GCAGAGGUACAAAAGAAAAUUCUGCAGACAAAUUGUGUGCUUUUUCAUUUAGUUAUACGUUUGCCAUCGUUUUUGGUACUUUAAGAGCUCUUUUGGUUCCAUUUUUGUAGGUGAAAAGAAUGGCGGAGACUCAGAUCGGAAAUAGUGACGAAGUCGUGUCUGUGGAGCUUCCUGCACCUGCUUCUUGGAAAAAGAUGUACAUUCCAAAGAAGGGAGGUACACCUAGGAAGAAUGAGAUCUUAUUUAUUUCUCCCACUGGAGAGGAGAUUACUCACCGUAAACAGCUGGAGCAGUACCUAAAAUCACACCCAGGAAACCCUGCUAUAGCAGAAUUUGAUUGGAGCACUGGUGAGACUCCGAGACGAUCAGCUAGGAUCAGUGAGAAGGCUAAGGCGACUCCUCCAUCUAAAGAGAGUGAGCCACCAAAGAAACGAAGCAGGAAAUCUUCAGGUACAAAGAAGGGAAAAGAGAUGGAACCUGGAAAAGAAGAAAUUGAGGGCAAGCAAGAAGUUGAAAUGCAGGAUGCAGAGGUGGGUGAAAAGAGAGGAGAAAAAGAAGAGGAGACUGAUGAGCUGAAGGAGGCUGAGGUUAAGAGUGAAGGUAAAAUGCAGGAAGAUGCAGCUGGAAAGAGUAAGCCUGAGGAAUUGAAAGAUAAGAAACCUGAGGAAAAUGUUGCGACAGAUUUUGAGAUUCACAGUGCAACUGAUGAGGCUGUUAAUGUCGAGAAGGGUGGAAAUGAUGAGCCUGACAAAGCUAAUGGUUCUGAGGAAGUUUCAAAAGUGGAAGAAAACAUUGCAGAAAAACAGGUUCUUGGAAUCAAAGAACAACCAGAUUCAGUAACUAAAGAAGCUGGGGCUGAUGAUGAGAAACAGGAUAAAGUGGAAAAUGUCCCUGAGGAAGCAACUGAUGGAGCUAAAACAGACAUGUCCAAUGGCGUGGCCCCUGCGCCUGCAGGAGAAGCUCAUGCAGUUGAGGAGAACAGUGGUAAAGCUAAUUUACAGGUGGAGGAGCCUGAGAAGAAUGCCACUGAUAAUAGGAAGGUGAACGAAAGUGGGGCAACGUUGGCACAUCAUCCUUCUCCAACUGCUGCUAGUUGUUAAAUUUAUUGUUGUCAUAUAUCGUGUGUAACAUCUCUGUUGGUUUACCUUCUGAUACUAACUUUGCAGACUAGAAUGACUAUGCUUGAAUGAAGAAUAGGUUUAGAUUUAUUAUAGAUAGGAAAUCGACCUUUUGGAUUGUCUUUGAUGAUGUGGCAAUUGUUGUGCUGUGCUUAUGUUGUAGUGUAGAUUGUUAUCUGUAAUCUGUAGGCAUGCUAUGAAAGUGUGCACUUCCUAGUAUUCCAAUAAGUAUCUGUGCACUUGCUAGUAUUCCAAUAAGUAUCAAGGGACACCGUACUCUUGUUGAAGCUGGUCUGUGCUAUGGUUUCUUAUCGA